AUGGUCUCCCUCACAGAGGUCAAGCUGCUCACGCUGCUCAAUGUCACAGCGAUCAAAAAGCCGUUCGAGAUGGACGUUCCCGGCGGACAUCGCGGCUCGCCAGCUCUCGGAGGUCGGUCCGCUUCUGCCAGCACCAGCAAGGCGGGCGCGAAUGGGGAGAAGACCAAGCGACGCAAGAGUGUCGUGUUCGGCGGUGAGGUCGGACCGAGUGGGAGUACAUUUGCGGGGAAGCGAAAGCGGGCUGGAGGUGAUAUGGGCGUGGAAGUGGAAGAUGGGCCUAGCAAGAAGAAUACCGCUCAGGCGAAUGGGAACGGGCAUGCGGAGGUCAGGGCCAAAGCGGCGGGCUUGGAGGUGGAAGAGGAGAUGUCGGAGGAUGAAGGCAAGGGGCGAGCAGUCAAGCACGACACUUUCAGCACCCACUUUGCCGAAGCUCCACCCCAGCUUACAGAUGAGGCCAUCGCGCAAGCGGAUGAGGGCAACUGGAGCGUCGACCGGAAGCUGCUGUCAGGCUUUGGGCGAGUAGCCGAGCUGCAACCUGGUCGCCAGACUGAAGGAUCAACGGCGUCUUCUUCUUCAUCCCUUACUACUAAGAUCACCCCAUCACUCAUGUCACAAAUCGGAGAAUCAGCUACCGACGAUCCGCUAUUCUCGACUGCUCUUUCACAACUCGGGACCUACAAGGAUAUCUACCUGCACUCCCUCGACGGCGAGGCAGAGGGAACCGAGAAGAAGCUCUUUGGUGAGCAGAAGGAGGCUAUGCGGAAGGCGGCUGUGGUCCACGCCUUGAAUCAUGUCCUGAAAACCCGCCGAAAGAUCAUCCGCAACAAUGAGAAGCUUGCCCACGCUGCCGCUGCCGGACCAAACGCUGCUAUCCCCGACUCACCUCGCGAUCAAUCCUUCACCCGACCCAAGGUCCUGCUCCUCCUACCCCUCCGCUCCAUCGCCCUGCACUACCUCACCGCCCACCUCCUCCCACUCGCCCCGCCCGGCACACAAAUAGAAAAUCAACGACCCUUUAUCAACUCUUUCUCCAUCCCCUCAGACUCUACCGACCCCCUCGCGUCCACCUCCGCCGUCUCGCAAUUCCCCAUCGACCACCUCGUCAACUUCCGCGGCAACUCGGACGACAACUUCCGAUUCGGUAUCAAAAUCACCCGCAAGGCAUGGCGUAUUGUCAUGAUGCCCGCCAACGAGGCCAAGUUGAUGGACUGCGAUAUCCUCAUUGGAAGUCCGCUGGGCUUUAAGAUGAUGGCUGAGAAGGAGGGGUCGACGGAUCUGCUGGGGAGUUUGGAGAUUGUGGUGGCGGAUUCGCUGGACGUCAUGAUGAUGCAGAAUUGGGACCAUGUUCAACAGUACCUGUUCCAGCACAUGAGCCUUGUUCCGGAGAGUCCACACGGGUGUGACUUUUCCCGCGUCAAGCCUUGGUACCUGGACAAACAAGCCAAGUACAUUCGUCAGACCAUCCUGCUAUCCCGCUACGACUCGCCCGAGGCUCGCGCGCUCUUCUCGCAUCAGUGCCACAAUCUCGCCGGGAAGGUGAGGACGGAGAAGGCGGAUUAUGAGGGCGUGAUGACGCGCGUACGGGAGGGUGUCAAGCAGACCUUCGAGCGGGUGGAUAUGGAUUUAAAGGGAGGAGAGGGGGCGGUAGAGGAGGUUGAGAAGCGGUUGGCGUUCUUCACGAAGAAGACCAUCCCAGCCCUUCUCCGAUCUGCUGUCUCGCGUCAAAACACCCUCAUCAUCAUCCCGUCCUACUUUGACUUUGUCCGAAUCACCCACUUCCUCCGCAAGAACCAGCUCAUCUCCUUCGCAGCCAUCUCAGAAUACUCCUCCAACUCUGAAAUCUCCCGCGCCCGAACCCUCUUCUUCAAAGGCAAGAAGCCUUUCCUGCUCAUGACGGAACGAUUCCACUUCUACCGGCGAUACCGUAUCCGAGGCGCCAAGACUAUUGUCUGGUAUCAGCCACCAGAGCACGCCCAGUUCUACUCGGAGACGCUCGAGACGCCGUUCUUGCCGUCUCAAGGUGGGGGCGCGGCUGCAUCAGGGGCGAGCGAGGAUGGGGAGGCGGAGGUAGAUGAGGGGGAAGUCAGCGCGAGGGUGCUCUGGAGCAAGUUUGAUAAACUCAGACUGGAAAGGAUCGUGGGUGGAGCGAAUUGGAGAAGGAUGAUCGGAAGUGGGGAGGGUAAGGCCGAAUUCUUAUAG